AUGGCCAACCUUUCAACAAUGGUCGCACCAUGGGAGAAUUCAACGAGGUUGAUGGUCCUCGGUUUGAUUUGCAAGACACUGUUGGAAUCGCUGGGUGGAGAGAGCAGCGGGCUCGACGACUGUGCACCCAAAUGGGAAGACCUUGAAUGCACAAAUGGUGGAAAAUGGUCUUUUGUAUGCACUAGCAAGGCCUCUCUUGACAAUGUGUGGCUAGAGACGUUGACGAGUUUGAUUAGAGAGCAAUUUCAUAAAAGUGAGGAAAUUUGUGGAGUUGUUGCUAGUGUGCUCCAAAGGCAGGACAGGCUUGCAUUGUGGACUAAGGCUGCAAACAACGAAGCUGUUCAGAUGAGUAUGGGAAGGAAGUGGAAAGAAAUCAUCGACUUCAAAGAUAAGAUUGCCUACAGCUUCCACCUACAUACCCUCACAACUGAUGAUGCCAAAAGGGGCAAGUCAAGCAGAGGCGGUCGUUACAAUGUCUAA